AUGAAAGCAGAGAUGAUGUGCGAUAAAGGAGUGUUUGAAGGAAGACAUGCGAUUAUGCUUGAGAAUAUUUUCCAUCUACUAUGCGGACUUGACACGGCUCACCUGAAAAUAGGUGUGCGGGAUAGGCAGUAUGUGUUAAUUGCUGACACUGGAUAUCCACAGCAGCUUAUGUGCUCAUUUGAGUCUCUAGGAGUCAACAUACGAGUGUUCGGCAAGUUUAUACAGAAGUCCCAGUACUGUUCAGAUGCAAUCAAGGGAGCAAUUGCAGAUUGUAUUGAGAAGAAGGUGGAUGCAUAUCUGAAAGAUAUGGUAAGGCUCAGAAAAGAGAUAUGCAGCAUUGAAAGUCUUGUAGUGGCGGUUGGUGGAUGGAAAGACAAGUUUGAUGAAAUACGAACGGUUAUCGAUGGAAUCAGAGGCAUGAGUGGAAUGAAAAUUUUGAAUUGCAUUAAUGAAAGAAUGGAAAAUAGCGCAUGUUUUGAGCAUCUUUAUCGGGGAUUUAUUUGUGCGUGCACUGAGAUAGUCAAGAAUGAAAUUGAGUGCUGGGUUUUGGAAGGUAAAAUUCUUAGUGAAGGAUUCAUGAUAAGGAUAAAUGACGAAUGUGGUGGAUUUGAAGAGUCCAGAUGGAGCAACAGAUAUGUGCUGGUUGAGGAGAAUGUUCCGUACUUUUUGUUAAAGAUGCGAGAUGUUGUUUUUGAUUGUGGGCGAGUGAUUAAUAUUGGCAGAAGCAUUACGGGCAAAAAUAUGUUUAAAGAUUCUCGCAAUGAAUAUGAUCUAGUUGGGUUGAUGGGAUUGAAUAGAUAUUUGAAUGAGCAACUAUUGGAGCUAUUGAGACCGGAGAUUGAAAGAGAAUUUGAUGAGAUAUAUAGAUACUUGUUAUUGAACGAUUGUGCAGCUUAUGUUGAAAUGCUUGAUGAAAUUGGUGAGGAGGUUUUUGAAGUAGAUGAGAGGACAAUGGUUAAAAUGAAUGCAAUAAAAGAUGGCAAGCAUACAACAGGGUUUUGCUUUAAGAUUGCACAAAUGUCCCUGAAUUCUUAUGUGAUGAAGAUUCUCAGCUCUGAAAAGAAAUGGAGCCGUGAUUGCAGUAGUUCAGUGCUUGAGCUGUUGACAGUGGAAUACCAUCCACGAGUACUACGUGAUUUUAUUUCACUAAGAGUUGUUUCUGAGCUUGAGAUCCUUUUUAGGUUUUUAUUUACUUUGAUGGCACUUUCAUAUCGGAUGGAGAGGCUUAAAGGAUAUAGAUUUGCAAGAGUAGCAGGCAUGCUGAUUGAUAGGUUCCGGUUUGCAAUAUAUUCGAGGAUGCAGCAUAUAAAAGUAAAGAAUGACAUAAACUAUGUGAUGGAGAAGUUUUUUUCAAACAUCAAAAGAUGGUUGAGAGAAUUUUACUUGACGAAUGAGAAGACUUAUGGAGUGUGGGGAGAUCUGUUUGAUAUAUGUUUUAGGUUUCUUGAUGCAGAGAUCAGGAUGGUGCUGUGUGCAGAAGAUGUGAAUGAAUAUGAAAAGGAGUUGAUUUAUGCUUGUGAAAGAUUGAAGAUUGAGGUGAGCACGCUUGAUUAUAACGAUUGUUUUGUUCAUUUUUUGAAUGGAGUUCACUGGGAGAAGGUGUUUGAUUGA